AUGGAUGUGGAAGAUAUCGAGGGAGACCCUGAGCUCAGCAUCAUAAACGAGAAGGAGGUAGAUGAGAUGGUGGGUGUACAGGAACAGGUUACUCCAGAACAAGAGGAGAAGUCCGCCAUUGCCGUUGCAAAGUCGCCCCGUAUAUGGCCCGACGUGGAUACCGAGCGUGCUGUGAGACAUUAUCGAGAGAUCGCAGAGAUCCAGGAGACGUUUGAAGAUGAGGUGGACUAUCUCGAUACAACGAUGGUCUCAGAGUACUCGGAGGAAAUUUUUAAAUACAUGAACGACCUCGAAGAUGAUGUGAUGCCGAAUCCUGAUUAUAUGGAUGGCCAGAACGAAAUCACCUGGGCAAUGCGCCAAACAUUGGUCGACUGGCUCCUUCAAGUGCACCUGCGCUGGCACAUGUUACCGGAGACGCUUUGGAUCGCGAUAAAUAUCGUCGACCGUUUCCUCACGAGACGCGUCGUAUCCCUAGUCAAGCUUCAGCUUGUCGGCGUUACUGCUAUGUUCAUCGCCGCCAAGUACGAAGAAAUCCUCGCACCCAGCGUCGACGAGUUCGUCUUCAUUACCGAGAACGGCUAUACGAAGGAGGAGAUCCUCAAGGGCGAGCGCAUCGUACUACAGACACUCGAUUUCAAGGUGUCGCAAUACUGCUCACCUUACAGCUGGAUGCGCCGUAUCAGCAAGGCCGAUAACUAUGAUAUCCAAACGAGGACGCUCGGCAAAUUCUUGACGGAGGUGACACUCCUAGAUCACAGAUUCUUGCGGUGUAAGCCGAGUCUCAUUGCUGCAGUGGGGAUGUACAGUGCUAGGAGGAUGCUGGGAGGUGAUUGGAAUGAGUCGUUUGUGUUCCACUCAGGCUUCGUCGCGGAGCACCUCGAGCCCGGACACCAAUGGAUAUGCGAGAAGCUACUCGAAGACAACUUCGCGAGCCAGUACGUCUGCCAGAAAUACGCCAACAAGAAGUUCCUGAAGGCGUCAUUGUUUGCAAUUGAGUGGGCGAAGUCGAACGUGGACGAAGCCUAG